ACGUCACGUCGUGGCGUCAUUUGUUGUGUCUUGCUUUACGCUUCCUUAAAAUUUAGCUAAUAUGUUUCCAAUUGAUUUCUCGCGUUUCUGUAGAAUAGCUAUCGGAUAAAACCAGGUGUACGUAUAUGGCUCCAUGUUGUCCUCACAAAAUGAUUAAAACUGAAAAAACUCUCCAUUUGAAGAGUAGUCGGGGCAGAAAGGUUCGUGUUGUUCGCGAACAUUACUUGAGGGAGCAAGUUCCAUGCUACAGCUCUCUCUGUCUUGCCAGCUGUGACAACGAUGGUAAGGUGUUGCCUGGAGAUUUGACCCACUAUGUCGUGCCUGAUGUUGGCGUGGUGUUGGACUACCAGGAGAUCUUGGAAUUUAGAGAGCUGCAGGGCAUCAUCCUCACUCAGACAGCCUGCCAAGCUGUCCAUCACUGCAAAGGACGCAGCAGACACUAUAACCGCCUGCGAAACCUGCUGAAAGACCCCCGGCAUGACUGUGUUCUGUUUGCAAAUGAAUUUCAAGAGUUUUCUUUCUGUCAGCGGGAGAAUGGGGAGAGUCAAGAACAGUGGCAGACCAGGUGUGUGUACUCUGCAGCAGUUUGGUAUUAUAACCACCUAGCUGGUAUGAUGGCUGUUGUGAUGAUCACAGAGAACCAGGACAUAAUUAAUCAAUACAGCAACCUUCAGUCUGGAGUGUAUGUCAUCUCUGUACAGGAAUAUUUACAAAACUUCUGGUUAGAGCUGCGGACAGCUCAUGAAUUGUACAGGUCCAUUCGCCAGGCUCUACAAGAGAAGGAGAGUGAGUGCACAGAAAAAGAGUUUACUGACCACCUACCGGCUGAAGUCCUGGAGGCUGGCAUCAAGUCUGGGCGCUAUAUUCAGGGAACUCUGAGUGUCAACAAACACAGAGCACAGAUGGAAGCUUCUGUCAGAACAGAAGGUCUCACCAAUAAAAAUACAGAACUCAGCAGUGAGGUGUUGGUGUAUGGAAAUAAGAAUCGUAACAGGGCUGUGCAUGGCGACGUGGUUGUGGUGGAGUUGUUGCCAAAGAGCCAAUGGAGAGGGAAGGUUAGUGCCCUGACAGAAGUACAAUUGGAGGAGAAGAAUGGAGAGGACAUGCAAAGUAAACCUAUGCCUACAGGCAGUGUUGUGGGGAUCCUGCAGAGGAAUUGGAGGGACUAUGUGGUAACAUUCCCUCCGAGGGAGAGCCCGCAGUCCCAAAACAGGAAUUCUCAGCGCAUCCUGACUGUGCCUUGGGACCAUCGCAUCCCGAAGAUCCGCAUCAGCACACAACAGGCUGACGCCUUGCAGGACCACAGAGUGGUGGUACGCAUUGACUCAUGGGAAAGCACAUCACUGUAUCCUAAUGGACAUAGUGUGAGGGUUCUGGGCCGGGCUGGCGAGCUUGAGACCGAAGUACAGACCAUCCUCAUAGAAAACUGCAUCCACGUUCCUCCCUUUUCCGAUGCACAGCUAAGAGAAAUGCCUGUGAAUUCUCCUGAGAAGCCCUGGAAGGUGGAUCCGUCUCAGGUGGCUGAGCGGCGGGACCUCAGAGAGAGUCAUCUGGUGUUUAGCAUCGACCCCGCGGGCUGUGAGGAUGUCGAUGACACGCUGUCUGUGCGCAGCCUCGCUGGAGGAAAGCUACUGGAGCUCGGUGUCCACAUAGCUGAUGUUACACACUUUGUUGCUGAAGGCUCCCUAACUGACUUAGAGGCACAUGCAAGGGCUACAACUUACUACCUUGCAGACCGCAGGUAUGACAUGUUACCAGCAAUUCUCAGUGCAGAUCUCUGCUCUCUGUUGGGAGGAGUCGACAGGUAUGCAAUGAGCGUGCUGUGGGAGCUGGACGCGCACACCCUCGCCGUCAACAAAGUGUGGUACGGUCGCACCGUCAUCCGCUCUUCCUACCAGCUCCACUAUGAGCUCGCGCAGGCCCUUCUCAAUGGCGAACAGGACGAGGUCCCGGAGCUGACCCAACUUAUCUCCUCGGAGAAGGACGCCAAAUUAGCUCAGCUCAAGCAGGCUCUGGAGAUGCUCACCCAUGUGGCACGACAUCUUCGGGCGCAGCGAGAUCAAGGCGGUGCGUUGGAACUGGAGGGUGUCGAGGUACGCGCACAGCUAGACAAUGAAAAAAACAUCACAGCUCUGGUCCCACGCCAACCCCUAGAGAUCCAUGAGACAGUGGCCGAGUGCAUGAUCUACGCCAACCACUGGGUGGCGCGCAUGAUCCAGGAGGUCUUUCCUCAUCAGGCUCUACUUCGCCAACACCCGCCACCACGACAGGAGUUCUUCAGCCAACUGGUGGAAAGCGCCAAGUCCAAGGGUUUCACCAUCGAUACCAGGUCCAAUAAGGCUUUAGCUGACUCUCUGGACAAGGCUGUGGAUCCACAGGACUCACUGCUAAACAGGCUGCUCAGAAUGAUGGCCACCCAAGCCAUGUCUCAGGCAAUGUAUUUCUCGACUGGUGCCAUUCCGCAAGACCAGUACUACCAUUAUGGUUUGGCUCUGGAUCGCUACACACAUUUCACAUCACCCAUUCGUCGCUAUGCCGACAUUGUGGUGCACCGCCUUCUGGCAGCAGCCAUUGAGGUGGAGAGUGGGCGGAGUCCUGCUAAAGCGCUAGCAAGUAGCAAGGAACUAGACGAGUUGGCUCAUCAUAUCAACAAGAAAAAUAGGGCAGCCCAACAGGUGCAGAAGGUCUCCACUGAGUUAUUUCAGUGUCUGUAUUUCAAAGAGAGGGACCCUCACAAGGAUCAGUGCUGUGUGGCCAAUGCUGUCAUUUACGCCAUCCGAGACAAUGGCGUGUUGGCGUUUGUGCCACUGUAUGGCAUGAAGGGGCCCGCGUACCUGAAAAACCGAGAAGGUCAGGUGCUCUCCGCGGGACAGGAUGGCCACUGCGAGUGGCAGAGCGGUUCUGUGCGCCGUUAUUCUGACUGCAUCACAACCACGUCGUCCAUUGGAACCACCACCUUCACACUAUUCUGCCACAUCACUGUUCGUAUUUCUGUACAGUCAUCGCGUUGUCACGCUGACAGUGUCAACCUUGAAGUUGUCAGCAACAGGCCGCACCGGAGUGUGACACUCCACCAGACAGAGUCACAUAGCCGGAGCCAGCUGGUUCAGGAAGUGGUGCGCUUAGCCGAAGAGGCGUCCCAGCAGGCUCAGGGGAAGGCGACACGGCUGUCCAAACUAUCCAAAGAGGAGCAAGAGUUUUGCCAAAGCAAAAGCCCAAACCUCUACUUACUCUUGGAGGAGAUUCGAGAGCUUUCACUGAUGGACCCAGCAAUGUGUAACCACAGCCUCAAGAUAGUAAUGGGCUCUAAAUAAAUACACUGUUUUCAGACUUUUUUUUUUUUUUUUUUUAAAGCUACAAAAAAAAAAAAACGUUUUUUCUUUUAAAUAUAUCUCUACUUUUAGGUAUAGUAUGUACAUGUCAGUGACCAAACCUCUUUUGCUCGGUCGGACAUGUCCACUUUUUAACACCCUGUCCAGGAGGGUUCUAUAAAUUGAUGAGAAUAUCCUUCUUUAAUUAGUAGUUUACACGUGCAUUUAUAUGACUCAAGUUUUGCGCGAUAAAUGAGAGGCAUAGUUUUUUUCCCUAUUAUUUAAUGUGGGUUGAGGUGCUCCAUUACCGAGAUGUGUCAAACUGGUGGGAAUGAAACACGAGUCGAAUAA